UGACAGCCUUCCGUACACUUCUAUUAGCUCUCUCUGAUUAGCUACGGAUAGGUAGCUUCUAGGUAGCCACCGACCAGAAAACAAUAACAAUGGCUCAUGUUUACAUUACUUAAUGUCGCCAACCAUACAAUUAAAUACUGCUCAUUUAACACUAUGAUCACCGAGACACUUUCCUACAUCAAAGGUAUAAAAUAAUGCAGAGAAGGAAGGGAGAGCGUUUGAAAGAAACCGUGGAGUCUCAAGUACCUUUUGGUCCAAGUAAAUUUGUGUGUGAUUUAAUGAUGGUGGAAUCAAUCAAAUGUGUACCGAAGAUGAAAACUAAACGGCGAAACGGCUCGGUUAAAACACACCUGAUGCCAAAGGACUCAAAUAGCCCUACCAGCAGGCCCUCACAGCAGUCUCAGUCAGUGAAUCCAUCUGGCGACAAAAGUGGCUCCUCAAUUUUGAAAAUAUCUGUCGACCUUUGGCCUGUCCUCUCCAUGGCUGUUGAGCCCCUUAAAAUGGACCAAAAUGAAAUAUCUUAUGAUGAUCUGAAAAUGACAGAAGUCGGACUCUCAAAUGAAAUAAAAACUGAUAAACAUUUGAAAGAAGUCAAGUCUAUGACUAUUAAUAAACAACUAAAACUACACCAAGUGGAUAAACCUAUAAUGGGGAGUAAUAAAAUCGUGCUGCCUCCACUGAAAUCAUCCAUUCUGCCAUCAGCAUCUAACUUUGAUAAAUGCAUAAAACCAUGCUGCACAAUGCCACACAUUGAUGUUUCAGAAAAACAUCCUCUGGAUUUUGCUCAUGCUAAAUCAAAAAUAGAAUUGGAAUAUGAAGAGACAAAGCCAAGAUUUCUGAAGACUGAUGCCAUCAAGAAUAUCCUGAGCCAAAAUAUGGCACCACAGUUGCAGCUCCCUGACAUUUCUGUUUCAAGCAUCCAAAUGCUCAUUGAGAGAGUGGAAAGGCAACUGGACAGGGGCAAAAUAAAACUUCCUGAGAUCAAGCUACCCCGAGCUCAAAGGGAGAUGUCUGAGAUGUCGGCCAGGAUAUCUUGCAGUCCUCCUCUCCAUGAGAAAAAUGUGAAUCAGCUCGCUAUCCUCCGCUUUCAUAAGGAAACACAUAAUUUUCCCUGGUCUGUCAACAAAUGAAAGCUACAUUGAACCUGUAUACUCACUAACACAGAAAACAAACGCAAACGUGACUCCAGAAAAUGUUUUGAGUAUUAAAUAUUUAUUCAUAAAUAUUCUUUCCAUAUAGACAUACUUUCUGAACACAGAUAAAUUACUACAGCCACAGUCAAGUAUAUAUUACUAUUUAAACACAUUGUCCUUCAAUACAUUCUAUUUUAUGUCUUCACAUGCUAACGCAGCUUGACAUGGUAACAGAUCUUGUUUUCCAAAAAAAAGAGUGCAGCAUUAUGCAGCGCAUAGGGUUUACCUUUCAUCUGACACUCAUGAAACUGAGAAAAAAUAGAUAAAAAAUAAAUAAACAUAUCAAAACUGA